AUGAAGUUCUCUCACAGCAUUCAGUUCAAUGCUGUUCCGGACUGGAGCAGCCACUACAUUGCGUACAGCAAUCUCAAGAAACUGAUAUAUCAGCUUGAGAAGAGUGUGCACCAGGCACGGGGUGGCGAUGGCGAAUCGCGACCCCUGAUAUCGGCCGAGGAGCCAGAAGACGUCUUCACCAAAGCCCUCGGCAUCGAGUUGGAAAAGAUAUGCUCCUUCUACUCGCUCAAGGAGGGCGAGCUGCUCGAAGAAGUCAGCCAACUCCUGCACGACGUCGGAGAGGGCCCAUCGAUGGAAACAUCCACCACCUUGCGCCCAACGCAGUCCGAAACGCAGAGUGCCCACGCUCGAGCCACCAGUCUGCGCAGCCACGGCUCCGACGAUGACGACAGCGCAACCGACGACGACGAGACCACGGGCCUCACAAAACGCAGAGGCAGCAAAUAUGGGGGGAGGAGACGGACUGCGUCUAGCAUCCCGGACAUGGCUGCGUCUUCAGAAUUCGGGCGCUCCAGAAGGUACAGCACCACCAUUGAUGACUACGGCGACCAGUCUCUCCUCUUCGGCUCGACGCUGUACUCGUCCGGCAUCAUGCUCAAGAAGCGCAUCAUAUCCCUCUAUGUUCAGCUCUGCGAGCUCAAGUCUUACGUGCAGCUGAACAAGACGGGCUUCAGCAAGGUGCUCAAGAAGUUUGACAAGAUUCUUGACAAGGAGCUGCGGUCGUCCUACAUCAGCACCUAUGUCGAUACCGCAUAUCCCUUCAAGCCAGAGACUAAGCAGCUGCUCGACGAGAAUAUUGCCAAGAUGGAGGUUGCCUAUGCCGAGAUUGUCACCGCCGGCGAUUUGGAGCUUGCCAAGAAGGAUUUGCGUUCUCACCUCCGGGAGCACGUUGUUUGGGAACGCAACACCGUUUGGAGAGAUCUCAUCGGUAUUGAGCGAAGAGCAGAGGCUGCCCGAUUUGGCCAAACGCUGCUGGGACAGGACGCCGGCAUCGUGCCAAAGAGAUUGCAGGGCGAUGACGAGAUUGGGCCGGCAGAGACGCAGAUCAAAACGCCCAUUGGCAGAAUCGUCCUGCCAUCGUGGCUUUCCAACAGCUCUGUGCUCACCCUGUUCAUCUCCGUGGCAGCUUUCCUCACCCUCCUGCUUGUUCCCAUACUGCAGAACCCUGAGCAGCAGAACUGUCUGGCACUUCUCGUUUUCGUCAGUCUGAUGUGGGCUACCGAGACUAUCCCCCUGUUUGUCACGUCUCUCUUUAUCCCCUUCUUGGCUGUCGUCCUCAGAGUGGUCCGUGAGGAGGAUCCAAGCAAGCCCCCGAAGCGCCUGACCUCAAAGGAAGCUACCUCGGCCAUCUUCGCCUCCAUGUGGUCGCCUGUCAUCAUGCUCCUCAUCGGCGGCUUUACUCUGGCUGCUGCUCUAUCCAAGUGCAAGAUUGACAAGCGCCUUGCAACGCUCAUUUUGAGCAAGGCUGGCACGCAGCCCAAAACGGUUCUGCUCGCAAACAUGUUCGUCGCAGCCUUUGCGUCUAUGCUCAUCAGCAACGUUGCUGCCCCUGUCCUCUGUUUUUCCAUCAUCGAGCCCAUGUUGCGGACUCUGCCAACGGACUCGAACAUGUCCAAGGCUGUCAUUAUCGGGAUCGCUCUCGCUUCCAACAUUGGCGGUAUGCUGUCGCCAAUUGCGUCGCCGCAGAACGUCGUGGCCAUGGGAAUCAUGCAGCCUGAACCGACAUGGCUCCAGUGGUUCUUUAUCGUCAUCCCUGUUGGCAUCGUCUCAAUCAUCCUGAUCUGGCUCCUUUUGCUGAUCACGUUCCAACCUGGCAAGGGGACGACUAUUGCGCCUAUUCGCCCCCUCAAGGAAAAGUUUACCGGCGUUCAGUGGUUUGUCACCAUUGUUACCGUCAUCACCAUCGUUCUGUGGUGCACUAGCCAUACCCUCGAGGCCGUGUUUGGAGACAUGGGUGUCGUGGCCAUCAUCCCCAUUGUUCUCUUCUUUGGUAUCGGCAUCUUGACCAAAGAGGACUUCAACAACUUUCCUUGGACCAUCAUCAUCCUGGCCGCCGGUGGCUUGUCGCUCGGCAAGGCUGUCCGGUCUUCGGGCCUGCUCCAUACCCUUGCCGAGGUUAUUUCGCACAGGGUCGAGGGCAUGAGCCUGUACGGUGUUCUCGUGGUGUUUUCCUCGCUGAUUCUCGUCAUUGCCACCUUCAUCAGCCACACGGUCGCCGCCCUCAUCUUCCUUCCGCUGGUGUACGAUGUCGGCGUGGCCAUGGAGCAGCCGCACCCUAACCUCCUGGUGAUGGGCGGAGUUUUGAUGUGCAGUGCCGCCAUGGGUCUGCCUACCAGUGGUUUCCCCAAUAUGAAGCAUUUGCUAAAAUGGCAUAGCCGCAAUCAUGAAGGAGGACGCCACGGGUCAACGGAGCUGGCCAUGCUCUCCGCCUUUACAGCUCGCCCCAUCAUAGAGCUCCGGCAGCGGGACAAGUCCAAGAUCGAGACGAUCCUCGCGUAUGGCGACCGCAUCCUCGUCGGGCUCAACAACGGCGCCCUUCGGGUCUACCGCCUCAACGAGCUUCCCGCCAACGGCUCCCCGACGCCGCCUCCACACACCGCAAAUGCAAAUGCGGAUGCGACUCCUCCGCAGAAUGGCGACCACGCAGCCGCGGACGCGGUAGCCAAGCCGACGGAUCUGCUGCGGGAGGUGGAACGCUUCUCGACGCGGGCGAUUGAACAGCUGGCCAUCAUCAAGGAGGCCAACAUCAUCGUGUCGCUGUCCAACUACCACGUCUCUCUCCACGAUCUGCAAUCAUACGACCUCAUCGAGACCCUUUCGCGGACCAAGAAUGCGUCCUGCUUCGCCAUCACGUCCAACAUCGUCAGAGACCCCGACACGGGCGUGCCCGAAAUCAUUAGCCGACUGGCCGUUGCCGUCAAGCGGAGGCUUCUGCUGUGGAGCUGGCAUGAGAGCGAGCUCAGCAACGAUGUCUCGGAAGUGGUGCUCUCCGAGUCGAUUCGAUCCAUCACAUGGGCGAGCGCGACAAAGCUUGUCUGCGGCAUGAAUGGAGGCUACGUCAUCGUCGAUGCCGUGACACAACACGUUGAGGAUAUUGUGAGCCCGGGUGCGGUGGGAGUGUCUGGCCAAGGCAGCCGCUUCGGAGCCAUGAGCAGCGCGGGAAUGGGGUACAUGGGCCUAGGAAACUAUGUACCCAAACCUCUGGCUGCCAAGCUGUCUGAUGGAGAAAUGCUUCUUGCAAAAGACAUCAACACGUUGUUCGUCAACGAUGAAGGCAAGGCGUUGGAGAGGAGACAGAUCCCGUGGCAGUCUGCCCCUGACUCCAUCGGGUACUCAUAUCCGUAUAUCGUUGCGCUGCAGCCUCCGUCCAAGGGCUCUCUUGAGGUCCGGAACCCCAAGACUCUGUCCCUGCUGCAGACAAUUACGCUGCCUGGCGCCGCCCAGCUGCAUUUCCCUCCGCCUACCGUCAGCCUAGCUCAUGCAGGCAAAGGAUUCCACAUCUCUAGCGACCGCUGCGUGUGGAAAAUGGAAGCCACAGACUAUGACUCGCAAAUUGAGGAGCUCAUCGAGAAGGGCAAGUUUGAUGAAGCCAUUAGCAUACUGGAGAUGCUUGAGGAUGCUCUCUUGAAAAACAAGGCAGAGACGCUCAGGGAGGUCAAGAUGCUGAAGGCGGAAAGUUUGUUCAAGCAAAAGAAGUUUCGACAAGCAAUGGAUCUGAUGAAUGAGGACGAUGUACAUGCGCCGCCAGAACGGGUCCUCAGGAUGUUUCCUCCUCUUAUCGCAGGCGAACUAUCCAGAUGGGCCAACUAUCAGGAACCCCAGGAGAAUGCCGAAGCAAACACGAAAAAGACUAAUGGAACGAGGUCAAGCAGUCCCGAAGCUGUCAGUGAACCUGUCGGGUCGCCCACCGCUGUAGGAGGGUUUGCCAAGUAUUUCAAGGGAGCGCAAAGGAGGCCGCAAGCCGACGUCGCCUCCAUCAUCUCGAAGAAGGAUGGAGAAAACGACGAUUCAGACAACGCCAAGGAAGCGCCCGCAUCAGAAGACAGACCGCUUUCGGGUAAAGAGCUCACAAAGGCCGUCCUGGAGCUGAAUAGCUAUCUCGCUGGCACCCGUGCCCGCCUCCAGCGUGUCAUUGAUCCAGUCACGGGCAAGUUGAAGCCACGAACAGACCAGCCUGGCUCGACAAAAGAGGCGGAAGACCGGAUGCUGAAGCUGAGCAUGGAUGAAUCUGACAUCGAGCGCGAGCAAAAGCUUCGUGAGACUUUCCGGCUGGUCGAUACAACUCUGUUCCGCGCCUACAUGUUCUCACAGCCGUCGCUUGCGGGCUCUCUGUUCCGCAUUCCCAACUUUUGCGACCCCGACGUCGUCAACGAGAAGCUGCUGGAACACAAUCGUUAUACGGAGCUGAUUGACUUCUUCCACGGCAAGAAAUUGCACAGGUCGGCACUCGACUUACUACACAAGUUCGGCGCCGCACCGAAGCCAAACGAGGCUGCCCCGGCCUUGCACGGUCCAGAUCGCACCAUACAGUAUCUACAAAGCCUUCCUCCCUCCGAGAUUGACCUCAUCCUCGAGUACGCGGAAUGGACGCUAAAGGCGAAUCCGGAAUACGCAAUGGAGAUAUUCAUAGGCGAUACGGAGAACGCGGAGACCCUGCCGCGCGAAAAAGUCUUGCCGUAUCUGCAGAAACUAGAUGAGAAGCUGGAGAGGCAAUACCUAGAGCACAUUAUCAUGGAACUCGACGAUACGACGGCAGAUUUCCACAACCGGCUCGUCGAGCUCUAUGUGUCGAGCCUGAAGAGAUUUGUCAGUCUCACGAAGGCAUUUGCGUUGAUUCCCAAAGAUGAUCCCGCCUUCUUCGAAGCGCAAGCUGUCGUCUUGAGCAACAUGGGCCAACACAGGCAAGCUCUCGAGAUAUAUGUGUUCAAGAUGAAGGACUAUGUCAAGGCUGAAGACUAUUGUAACCGUGUAUACAGACAGCAAGCCCCAUCCGCAAAUACGGAUGACUUGGAUGACUCGGGCUCAUCCGUAUACCAUACGCUACUUUCCCUCUAUCUUCAACCUCCUCCGCCGCACAAGCCCAAUCUGGAGCCGGCGCUGGAUCUGCUAUCCAAGCACGGCUCUCGCCUCCCCGCCACUUCGACACUCGGCCUGAUCCCCAACGAUCUUCCCGUGGGCUCUCUGGAGGCAUAUUUCCGCGGCAGGAUAAGGGCCGCCAACAGCCUCGUCAACGAGUCCCGGAUCGUGGCAGGGCUGCGCAAAGCAGAGGGCAUAUCCGUGGCCGCCGAGCUACAGCUCGGAGACGGCAAGCCUGGAGGGCAAGGCGGUAGGAACCGCCAUGUCAUUAUUACAGACGAAAGGCAUUGCGUCGUGUGCCACAAGAAGCUGGCCGGUGGAAUGAGGAUGGGCGGGAGCGUCAUCGCCGUGCUGACGGACAAUACAGUCGUCCACUAUGGCUGUCUGAGCAGAGCGACGGGCUCCAAGGCGGAUGGACUGAGGAAGCCCAGCUGGGGAAGAGGUUUCUAG